AAUAUUUUUAUUUGUUUUAGAUGGGAAGUUCGAUUUGAUCAGUAUAACCGAAAAUACUACGUUGAUCAUAAUACAAGGAGUACAACAUGGGAAAGGCCUCAGCCAUUACCUCCAGGGUGGGAAAUGCGUAGAGAUAAUAGAGGAAGAGUUUAUUAUGUUGAUCAUAAUACACGAACUACUACAUGGCAAAGACCAACAGCUGAAAGUGUUAGGAAUUUUCAGCAUUGGCAAUCUCAUCAAGCUCAAGUCAUGCAACAGUGUCAACAAAGAUUUCUGUAUCAUACUCCAGUUCAGGUUGAAGAUGAUGAUCCAUUAGGACCAUUACCUGAAGGAUGGGAAAAACGAAUAGAUCCAAAUGGAAGAGUAUAUUUUGUUAAUCAUAAAAAUAAAACUACACAAUGGGAAGAUCCUAGGACUCAAGGACUAGAAGAUCCUCUUCCUCCAGGUUGGGAAAUAAAAUAUACACCUGAAGGUUUACGUUAUUUUGUUGACCAUAAUUCAAAGACUACAACAUUUGUUGAUCCACGUCCAUCAUAUGCUGGAAAAGGCCCAAAUGGUGCAUAUGGUGUUCCAGUAGCAUAUGAAAGAAAUUUUAAAUGGAAAUUGACUCAGUUUCGUUAUUUGUGCCAUUGCAAUGCACUGCCAAGUCAUAUCAAGAUAACAGUUUCUCGACAGAAUAUAUUUGAAGAUUCGUUUAGCCAAAUUAUGAGGGUACCACCACAUGAAUUACGUCGUAGAUUAUUCAUUACAUUUCGUGGUGAAGAAGGACUUGACUAUGGAGGAAUUGCAAGGGAAUGGUUUUUCCUUCUCUCACAUGAGGUACUUAAUCCUAUGUAUUGCCUUUUUGAAUAUGCAGGCAAAAAUAAUUACAGUCUUCAAAUCAAUCCUGCCUCUUCUGUCAAUCCAGAUCAUUUAUUAUAUUUUAGGUUUAUUGGUCGAUUUAUUGCUAUGGCAUUAUUUCAUGGAAAAUUUAUAUACAGUGGAUUUACAUUACCUUUCUAUAAGCGAAUGUUAGGCAAAAAGUUAACUAUGAAAGAUAUAGAAACAAUUGAUCCUGAAUUUUACAAUUCGUUAGUUUGGAUUAAGGAGAAUAAUAUAGAAGAAUGUGAUCUUGAACUCUUUUUUAGUGUUGAUUUUGAAAUAUUAGGCCAAAUACAGUCUCAUGAAUUGAAACCUGGUGGAGGAAAAAUUCAAGUUAAUGAAGAAAACAAAGAUGAAUAUUUAAGAUUGAUGACUGACUGGAGGUUCUCCAGAGGACAAGAAGAACAAACUAAAGGUUUCUUAGAUGGUUUUAAUGAGGUCCUUCCUUUAGAGUGGCUACAUUAUUUUGAUGAAAGAGAAUUGGAGUUAAUGUUAUGUGGAAUGCAAGAAAUAGAUAUUGAAGAUUGGCAGAGAAACACAAUAUAUAGACAUUACACUCGCAAUAGUAAACAAAUAAUAUGGUUUUGGCAGUUUGUGAGAGAAAUGGAUAAUGAAAAAAGGGCAAGAUUAUUACAGUUUGUUACUGGAACAUGUAGAGUUCCAGUGGGAGGCUUUGCUGAAUUAAUGGGAAGUAAUGGACCACAACGAUUUUGUAUAGAAAAAGUUGGCAAAGAGACAUGGCUUCCAAGAAGUCACACAUGUUUUAAUAGACUAGAUUUGCCUCCUUAUAAGAGCUAUGAACAAUUAGUGGAGAAAUUAACUUAUGCCAUUGAAGAAACAGAAGGUUUUGCACAAGAAUAAAUAUAACUUGUUAUAUAGUGACAUUAAUUUGAUGUCUUCCCACGGGGCGCUAUUUUGCAGAAGUAGCAAAAACCAAACAGUUAGACUUCACUAGAACAAUGCACUAUUUCAAAAUGUGCCGAGACAAAUAUUAAUCUACGGUAAUGUGCCGGUGGGUAAACACAAAGUUGUUUAUAUGUAAAGCAUUGUGAAAAUUACUAAUGAACAAUAACUAUGGAC